AUGGCCAUGGUUACAGCAUCGCCGCCGCAGGUGGGACUACUCCCGGCCGCAACGAGAACGGGCGGUAGUCACAUGAUGAUCAGCAAUACAAAGGAGGGCGGCGGCGGAACAACAAAAUCUAAUAAGCCGCCCACGGCAGCGGCGCCCAUAAAACCGUCGGACCAGCACUCCCGGGACCACCAAAUGACCGCGGUAGCCAGACAACUCCUCGGCGAAGCCAAGCGCUCGCGCAUUGACCGGUGGCGGGCCGAGAUUGACUUGUCCGAGGUGGUGUGCAGUUGUUCCGAGCACCCAGAGUCGGUGCAGAUGGGCAUGGCGGCGGCCGCGACAGCAGCAGCAACAAAUAUAACAAUUGCAACAAAAAAGAAGCAGCAACAACAGCAGCAGCAGCAACGGCAUUGUGGGUGCUGCGGUCGUCGCACCAGUUACGAGGAUCAGGUAUUAGAGCAGCAAAGGCAACGGCAACAGCAACAGCAAUCAUCUACAAGCAGCGGUCACGGGUGGGAAAAGGGUCGCUGGUCUAUACGCCGGCGGAAAGGGGAAGCCGUCGGAGGAGUAGGUGCGGAAAUAUCGUCAUCAUCCGCCGGGUCUCCCGGUGGUGGAGGAGUAGGUGGUCCGACAUCGUUCUUCAAGAAAUUCUUUUCUUCUUCCUCUGCCUCCCCUUCUGCCCCUUCUCCACAGCAGGGAGGAGGAGGAGGAGGAACGGGCAGAGGGAAAAUGGGCCACGGAAACGGGGCAACAGCAACAGCAACAGUGACGACGGCUACGCAAAUGUACCGACAAGACGAGGCCGACGACGAGGCGUCGGGGUCUUUGAGGGACGGUGAUCUGCCAAGUGAUGGCGAGGGGGCCAAGAAUGGCAAACCGAGACUGAGGCUCGACGAUGCGGCGGCGCGGAUGAGGAGGGCCCAGAAGCUGUUGAACACACAGAAGAAGGGGUGA